GCGGGGCCGGGCACCUGUCCGCGUUUGCAGGCACCUGCUAAGCCGGCCGCCGCCGACCCCGGGGCCUGGCACUGGGGGCUGACCGGGAGCCGGGCCGGGCCGGCCUGAGGAGGGGAGGCGGACCGGGCCGGCUCGCCCCAUCCGGGGCCUUCCCCCGUUGCCCGGAUCCGUCCCUGCUUCCAGCUUGAGGGUAGCGUCCGACGACCGCAGUCCCUUCACCCGAGGGUCUCGCGAGCCCGGGGCCGGCCUCGAGCUAACAGCGAGGACAGGGUUUGGCUCCUGCCUUACAUCAUCCCGAGACAGGUGAAGUGAAUUCUGAGGCCAGAAGAAUUUGAUGACACAGACCACUGAAUUUCUUUGUUUGGAGCACACGUUAUGAACCCUUUCUGGAGCAUGUCUACAAGCUCUGUACGCAAACGGUCUGAUGGUGAAGAGAAGACAUUAACAGGGGAUGUGAAAACCAGUCCUCCACGCACUGCUCCAAAGAAACAGCUGCCUUCUAUUCCCAAAAAUGCUUUGCCCAUAACUAAGCCUACAUCUCCUGCCCCAGCAACACAGUCAACAAAUGGCACGCAUGCUUCCUACGGACCUUUCUACCUGGAGUACUCCCUUCUUGCAGAGUUUACCUUGGUUGUGAAGCAGAAGUUACCAGGUGUCUAUGUGCAGCCAUCUUAUCGAUCUGCAUUAAUGUGGUUUGGAGUAAUAUUCAUACGGCAUGGACUUUAUCAAGAUGGCGUAUUUAAGUUUACAGUUUAUAUCCCUGAUAACUACCCAGAUGGUGACUGUCCACGUCUGGUGUUCGAUGUUCCCGUCUUUCACCCGCUAGUGGAUCCCGCCUCAGGUGAACUGGAUGUGAAGAGAGCGUUUGCAAAAUGGAGGCGGAACCAUAACCACAUUUGGCAAGUACUGAUGUACGCAAGGCGAGUCUUCUACAAGAUCGAUACGGCAAGCCCCCUGAACCCAGAGGCUGCAGUACUGUACGAGAAAGAUAUUCAGCUUUUUAAAAGUAAAGUGGUCGACAGCGUUAAGGUGUGCACUGCUCGCUUGUUUGAUCAACCUAAAAUAGAAGACCCCUAUGCAAUUAGCUUUUCUCCAUGGAAUCCUUCUGUCCAUGAUGAAGCCAGAGAGAAGAUGCUGACUCAGAAAAAGAAGCCUGAAGAACAGCACAAUAAAAGUGUUCAUGUUGCUGGCCUGUCAUGGGUAAAGCCUGGCUCAGUACAACCUUUCAGUAAAGAAGAGAAAACAGUAGCGACUUAAGAGCUGGUGAAUCCGGUGCACCACGCACUUUCCUGCUGGACUUUGGCUCCUAAAGCUGACCAAUGGCAAAGGACUGCCUGCAGAGUAAAACGUUGUGAACAGUGGCUGACGUCAGUGUUGUCCAUGUAUGCUUAGGUUCUAACAGCAAGUUGUGGAAACCUCUCUUUACGUAAUGCAUUACUUCUGUCAGAAGUGUCUUUAAGGUGGUUAUCUAGUUCAGUACUCCAAAUUAUUGGGGACCUUGAAGCUUACGUAUUUUUUUGAAUAUAAUGCUAAAGGUAAGUUGCAUUCAUUUAAACUAAUGAAGUUAAGCAAAGUUCAACACUAUAGUGAUUUCUUAAUUGGUGGUUUCGGUUGUACAUAUGUUAGGGUGCAGAGAUGAAAGGAGAGAGAGAGCAGUUUCCAUAGCUUAUUAGCACUUUCAAGUGGAGGAGCAGUGGAAUGAAUGAACCUCAGUCUUCAGCUUACUGUGUUACUGAUGUACAAACUGCUGUCACUGAGGGACAUACUAGGUGAGGGAGAGGAAACCAGAACACUUGUUCAUAGGUGUUUUGUUUUGUUUUGAAGCAAAUUACUGUAUUUUUAUGGCAGGAGGGAGAAAAAGUGUUAAAACGGUUUCUAAUGAAGUCAGAGAUUUAAAUGAUGAAUGGCUAGUGUGUUUUGUAGAGACAAUAAAUCGGUGAAUGAUU